CUAGGCUCCGGCAGCCGGAAGUCCCGCCUGCCGAGUAGUCUUCGCUGCCGCCGCCGCCUCCGUUGUUGUUGUGGUCGCUUCGCCGAAGUCCGCGGCUCGAAGAGCCGGCUCCGUCGCUUCCCGUCGCCAUGAAGUGGAUGUUUAAGGAAGACCACUCGCUGGAACACAGAUGCGUGGAAUCCGCGAAGAUCAGAGCGAAGUACCCCGACCGAGUUCCGGUGAUCGUGGAAAAAGUCUCCGGCUCUCAGAUUGUUGACAUUGACAAGAGGAAGUACUUGGUCCCGUCUGACAUCACUGUGGCUCAGUUCAUGUGGAUCAUCAGGAAAAGGAUCCAGCUUCCCUCCGAGAAGGCCAUCUUCCUGUUUGUGGACAAGACAGUCCCACAGUCCAGCCUAACUAUGGGACAGCUUUACGAGAAGGAAAAAGAUGAAGAUGGAUUCUUGUAUGUGGCCUACAGCGGAGAGAACACUUUUGGCUUCUGAGGCCCUUGCUGGGCUAGGUGCGCCCUUCCUGCUUGUGUCUCUUGUAAAUAACUGGCUGUUCUCAGUUACUCUGCCAGAGCCUCCACAGACCUACUAGUG